AUGUCGCACACUUCUGCUAGUGUAAAGUCAAUUUACAGUGGUAAAGUGAACUUUAAUACACCAGAACAUCCACACACAUACGAUAUUGAUAAUCAAUCCAAUCCAAGUUUUGAGUUUGAUUCCCUGUCAAAUUUGGGUAAGAAUAAUUCUGAUAACUAUGAUUCUUCUACUAUUUCCUCAACAGCAGACUUUCUCUCUGGUAACGAUUCCGCACCACCAACAGCAGCAGCCGGAGGUACAUCUGUUCCAUCAUUCUUGAUGGAAGAUAAUGGCUUAAAUCCAAAUUCAGAGCCUAUAUCUCGUCCAUUGCUGAGAACUUCAACAACUUCGUGUUUAUCUACGACUGCUACUAAAGAUGGUAUAGAAGGUAAGAAACUUCACAGACACGGGCCUACACCCUAUUCUUCAAGUGUCAUUGCUAGUAUGAUUCAACAUCAAGAACAACAGCAGCAACAGCAGCAACAGCAGCUGAUACAUCAAAACGCACAAAACAACCCAUCUGGUACUGGUUCUACUUCCAAUACACCCCACACUAAUACUAAUGUGACUGCAACCCAAAAGGGUAGUAGUGGUAACAAUAAUCAUCCUCCAACGAAGUCUCCGUUACUGCAAUCACUUCCCCCCCCAUUACGUAUGUCGGCCUCGGACUUUUAUGCAAUGGACCCAAACCCCAGUCUGGCAUCCAUAAAGACAACAAAUGCAGAGUUUGAUGGUGAAGGUGGUCUUGGAGGCAAGACAUCAAUUGGAAUAGAAGAAUAUCCUGAUUCUAUACCCCAGGUAUCGCUAUCGGAGAAAAUAGAUCUCAUUAACACAGAUGCCAUCCGGGACAAAUGA